GCGAUCGGCGCAAAGGCGAGCACCGCAUUUGCUUCGGCACGCCGUCUGCGACCGUCUGCUAUCUCUGCUAGUUCGCGUCUGCAGCCGGCGUUGCGCUUCGACACACCUACUCCGUACGUCUUACCCGAGCGAAAGCGAGCCAUGUCUUCGACAUCACAGAAGCACCGCAACUUUGUCUCUGAGCCCAUGGGAGAAAAGGACGUGACGGAGCUUGCUGGUAUUGGCGACGUCCUCGGCAAGCGGCUGAAAGACAGAGCGUUUGAUAAAGCCUAUGUCGUCCUUGGGCAGUUCUUGGUGUUGAAGAAGAACCGGCAAAGCUUUGAGAGCUGGUUGAAAAGUGCCUGCAGUGCCAACAGCAAGCAAGCGGGAGAGUGCUACGAGUGCUUGCGCGACUGGUGCCGGGAGUUCCUGUGAAGUUUGACCCACACGGGCACCCACUGUAAAGCCCGGGAUAAAUGGAGCGAACUUUCACAGCGAACAUCGCCCGGCACAAAUAGACGCAGUGGGACGACGCCGACGGUUGGCUGGCAUCAUUUACAUAUUCGGCUAAAAGCAGACGGACGGCCACCGCGCAUAAAGUUUCUCAUCAUAUUACCUAUAGAGGGAAAUCUGGCGCUGCUGCGCUGUGGUAUGCAUGGGAAUGCCGGUAUAUUGUGACUUCGGAUUGGCAUCGUUCUCGGCGAGCCAGGACGCCUUGAAGACGCGCCUGGCAAGCCGUUCCGUACGUCACAAUGAUUCAUAUUCUACUAAAAUGGCACGUAAAAAGCUGUUUUAGCUUUAUCAUUAGACAAAAGCAUGUUUUGUUUAACUAUGAGAACUUGUUAUUGCCUGCACAAUUAUGUGAUACGUAAAAAGUAUCAGCGGGCCGCUAAAGUUGGAGGACAGACGACAGGAUUCGCGCUCGCUUUGAAACAGUUUGUCGUCUGUUCUUGCUUUUCUUCGCUUGGUCGUGCAUUGUAGGUGAGUAAAGAUGUAAUAUGCGUGAAUUGAAACAUUUUAUGAAAAUUUUACUUUAAGAACACGUUACUUGUGUAGCCAUAUCUACGUUCUAGACGAAGCCUCUUACAACACCAGCCAACACGAGCCUCGCAGACACAUAUAGCGUCAUUGCCAUGACGGCACGGUGCUCUUUAAGAAACUUCCAUAGACGGUGGCGUCAAAUUUCCCUCUAGGUGUUAGUGAGGAACUCUAUGCCACCGCACGCUCGCGGCGUAUUUGUCAGCGUUGCCAGACUCCUGGAAUGUUUUUUUGGAGUAAAAAAAAGACUAAAUAGCCUU